CUGGUCUGGCUCGCGCAGCGGGGUCGGGCGGCGCCGGGGGUUGGCCCCGCUCGGCCGCGCCAGCCACGGCAUGGUCUUCUUGGUGGUGGCGACGGCUGCAGGAUGUCAAGGCAAUUCCUCGCCGCUGGGACUGCCGCGACGGUGGAGCUGUCCCUGAUGCAGCCCCUCGACGUCAUCAAGACGAGGCUGCAGCUCCAAGGACAGGGCGUCGCGCAUGCGGACAGGUUCUCGGGGACGUUCGGCGCCUUGCGGAGCAUCCACCAGGCGGAGGGGGCCGUUGGCCUCUGGCGCGGCUUCGUGCCAGGCCUCGCCGUGGUCAUCCCGCGGAGGGGGCUGAAGUUCGCAGGAAAUUCGGUGUUCCGCCGCAUGCUCGGCGAUGGGUCUGGCGGCCCGCUGCCCUUCGGCCGGACCAUGUUGGCGGGGGGCCUCGCGGGGGCCUGCGAGGCCGUGGUGAUCACUCCGUUGGAGGUUGUGAAGAUCGCGAUGCAGAGCGAGAGGGCCACCAAGGGGCAGAAGGCCACCGGACUCGUCGACAUCGUCAGCUCCAUCGCCAGGGGCGGCAUUGGCAGAUUGUACAGUGGCCUGGGGGCGACCGUGGGGAAGCACUUCGCGCACUCCACGGCGUACUUCGCCGUUUUCGAGGAGCUGCGGCCGUACGGCCCGGGCAGGGCCGCCCCGAAGGCGAGGCAGAUUGGUUUCGACCUCUCCGCGGGGUUUGCGGCGGGGGUUGCAGCUGGGACCGUGAACAACCCGUUCGACGUAGUGAAAACCAGGCACCAGGGAGCUCGUCUCAGCGCGACAUGGACGGAGCACCCGCCGUGGCUCCGGUCACGCGCGGUAGAGUGCGAGGAGAAAUUCGUGGAGAUCUUGCCCUUUGCCAUCCCCGACUUUACGGGGAGCGCCCGGCUGGGCAGCAUUUUCCCGCUUGGCGCCGCGGUGUUGCGGGCAGCCGCCGGGGUGCGCGGAGAUGCCGCGGCCGGGGCGGCCAGCGCGGGCCACCAGAGUGCUCGGAGCGGCGGCGGCGCCUCGGCACAGGAGUGGGCAACCUCCUACCAUCCAGGCGCUGGUUCGAUGGCAGCCACCAUGAAGGCCGAGCUUUUCAAGAAGAAGUGCAUCUACGAGGUGAAUUUUCUGGAUCGAUUCGUGAUUUACAACUUCUGCAAACAGGGCGACAUCGUACCCACUACAGCAAACAUGCACUACACGCCGUACAAGACCAACGAGGGCUACGAAGUCGACUACAUCCGCAUCCGCGAUAAGUUCGGCAAGUACACCGAGGAGUUCCUGGACACCGCCUUCGAGAGCCACUACAGUUGCGAGCCCCCGUAG